UUCCGGUGAUGGGGGCAGAAGACGAGGGUAGUCAGCCGCCGGCGCCGGCGCGCGCCGCUGCCCAACCCGCAACCGCGGGCGCGGCUCCGCCCAUCACCCCAUCCCAGUUCCUCUCCUGGAAGCAGCGAAAGGAUGCACAGGAAGCUGCACAGAAAGCUGAAGCAGCCCAGAAACGAGCCGCCGAUAUAGCUUCAGGAGCAGUGCAAAUGAAUGGCCGAGAGCUGUUUCAGCACGAACCCUGGGUGUUUGACAACAACAUUUACUGAGAUGACAAAUUUCUGGAAACUAAAAAUAAGAGCAUGUAUGCU